AGUUUUCAGUUUCGCCCAAUGAAAAAACAAGAGGAGGAGGACAGAGGGCGGGUCAGUGACGUAAUGCAGGUUGAUUGGCAUGCAGGCCUUGGACGUCCAGGAUUAGCCACGCAUUUCGCCAAUCCAGAGGCAGGGGAGGGACGGUGCAGGCGCAGAGAAUUGGGUUUGGCUGGCCUCGAUUUAAAGAGACAGAAGCUGUCGGGGUCCUGGAAGACGGUCCCCAAUACCCUCCCCCCAAGUCCUUGGGACCACUUGGGUCCCCAGAACUGGGGAGAUGGUUUGCGGUGGCUUUGCCUGCUCCAAGAAUGCGCUUUGCGCUCUCAACGUGGUCUACAUGCUGGUGAGCUUGUUGCUCAUUGGAGUGGCUGCUUGGGGCAAGGGCCUGGGUCUGGUGUCCAGCAUCCACAUCAUCGGCGGAGUCAUUGCUGUGGGAGUCUUCCUUCUCCUUAUCGCAGUGGCUGGACUGGUGGGUGCUGUCAGCCACCACCAAGUCCUGCUGUUCUUUUACAUGAUCAUCCUUGGUUUGGUCUUCAUCUUCCAAUUUGUAAUCUCUUGCUCAUGUCUGGCUAUUAACCGAAGCAAACAGACAGAUGUCAUCAAUGCUUCUUGGUGGGUCAUGAGCAACAAGACUCGGGAUGAACUGGAAAGAAGUUUUGAUUGUUGUGGCUUAUUCAACCUCACAACCCUGUAUCAACAAGAUUAUGAUUUCUGCACUGCAAUCUGCAAGAGCCAGAGCCGCACAUGCCAGAUGUGUGGAGAAAAGUUUCUUAAGCAUUCAGAUGAAGCCCUGAAAAUCCUAGGGGGUGUUGGACUCUUCUUUAGCUUUACAGAGAUCCUUGGUGUUUGGCUAGCAAUGAGAUUUCGGAAUCAGAAGGAUCCUAGAGCCAACCCCAGUGCCUUUCUAUGAGACUUUGGAUCCUUCUCACUUCUCUUCUGCUCUAAGCUUUCUCUUCCUCCCUUAGGGAAUAUCUAGGGUCUGUAACCGUUUUGGUUUCAGAAAAAGGAAAGGCCCCUUGUCAAAUCCUCUAAAAUUGAUGGAAUAGUAAGACUUUAUGCCUUGACAUAUUUUAGUGGGAGCCAGACUAUAAGGAAUAAAAGGAAAAACUUUCUCCCUCUCUCUCCAAGAGGCUAUGGGAAGCUUCUGAGGGUACAAAGGAUGGGCUGGAGUCAUUCUUAGCUGUUUCCCCUCCUCCGUCCACAUGCUAGAUCGCCUCAACAUACCCUGGGGUGUGGCUCUAAGGGUAAAUCAGGGACAGAGCCAAGGAGAAAACCACCAAGAACUCUUUCCUGUAAUAAGCAGGACCCAGUUUGAGAAAGUUCAGUGAAUAUAAAAAAGCAAUUUAGAAAUCUAUAUUCUUUUUUUUUUUUUUGACAUGGAGUCUUGCUCUGUCGCCCAGGCUGGAGUGCAAUGGCAUGAUCUCAGCGCACUGCAACCUCUGCCUCCCGGGUUCAAGCGAUUCUCCUGCCUCAAUCUCCCAAGUAGCUGGGAUUACAGGUGUGCACCACCACACCUGGCUAAUUUUGUAUUUUUAGUAGAGACAGGGUUUCACCAUGUUAGUCAGGCUGGUCUCGAACUCCUGACCUCAGGUGAUCCACCCGCGUUGGCCUCCCAAAGUGCUGAGAUUAUAGGUGUGAGCCACCGUGUCCCCCCUAAAAUCCAUAUUCAAAGAAGCAAUUUCAGUUCCUUUCUAAGCUUUGUCAGUCAAGGGGCUCCACUGACUUGCUAGGCCCUGUAACUUAACCAGUCUUUAAGGUUUUGCAGGAAAGUCCCUUCUUCCAAGUGGUUAUUCCAAAUCACACAAUGGCAAAGCCAAACAGAGGAAGAAACAUUAAAAAAAAAAAAAAAAAGACCAUUA